AGCAUUUCCGGUUGACAGUGGCAGCAGUUUCAAGCAAGGCAGUGUCAUACAGUAGGAUUGUAGCACUUCACAAGUUAGACAAUGGCACGUAAAAACAACGUAAAAACAGAUAACUCUGGUGUAAUCCAUUUCGACUCCACUACCAAAGCAGUGAUGGCCGAAGUCUCACAGUCUCAUGAAAACAUAAAGGAAAAGGUAAAUGCUGUUCGUGAAGUUGUCCCAGGGAAAAGUAACAACGAAAUCAUACUUGUUCUGCAGUAUUAUGAUUACAACGUAGAAAAAGCCAUACAAGCCUAUCUCGAAGAUGGUGCUAAAUCAGCUUUGACGGAGUGGCAUUUCUCUGGCCCCAAGGUUGCCAGUAAAAAGAAGAAAAACAAGAAGAAAUCUGGGAAAACUACAAAUGGGGAUGACAUGUCACCGACCCAGAAUGGCAAUGUUUCAGAUCAUACGGCAGAAGCUUUAUCCAAUGGGGUUCUUGAAAAUGGCACAUGUGCAAUCAAGUUAGGGAUAGAAGCAGAAACAACGGGAGGAGGUGGUGAUCGUAUUAGCUCUCCAGAUCUCCCUGCACCAGCUAGUAUAGUUAAUGGAGUAGUAUCUUCAACGGUUCCAUCACACGAGGCAGAGACAACAGAAGUCACGCCCAAGUCACAUGACCAAGGAGCAGACUCGUCACAAAGUGCUCCCUCUUUACCACAGCGACAAGCUCAUCAGAAUCAUCACAGGCAGCGCCUACAUUCAGGAUCUCAUUCAAGUUCAAACAGACAAAGGUCAGCUAGUGAGAGAAGUACGUCAUCAAAUCAGUCAUCCGAUGCCAGACCAGUCAAGCGUAAAGUUCAUGGAGGUAUGGAGAAGUCGAUGAAGGACUUACACAGACAAACAGUGUCACUUGAGCGACUGAGGUUGGUGAUGAAUGAAGAGGUAGACAAGAACUUUAAAAGGAUCAAGGCAGUGUUUGAGGAAGUCAGGACAUGUCUCAAUAAGAGGGAGGCCGACCUACUGGUGGAGAUGGAAGGAGUAAAGGCUGUAGCUAAUAAUACGUUUGCAUCUCGUCAAAAAACAGCAGCCGACUUGAAAGUUAUGGUGGAUAGAUCCGAAACAAUGAGUGACGAGGAGCUAGCCAAACUUCGCACAGAUAUUAAACAUUUCAUUGGUGACAGGAAAAUUGAUGAAGAACUCAGUCGGACGACUCGCUUUCUGUAUGACUCAGAUUUUCUAAAACUGGAAGUUGGGCGUUUUGGUGAAGUGGUUCCAGUGAAGACAGUGUACACCUCACACCCCUCAUAUGUGGUUGUCCAGACACCUCCUCCAGAGCCCCCACGUGUGGAAACCCCCAGGUUGGAGCCUGUAGAUUCACAUCCAGCUCAGGUAUCAAAGCAUGUUAGUCAUGAAGAUAUGCUCACUUCUGAAGGUGCACAUGAUAUGGCUGAGUUACAAAAGAGAUUGAAAGGAUCAUUAAAAUUACAGGGCUUAGAGAGUACCAAGACAAAUGAGAGCUCCAGGUCAGCUACAGCUCCUGUGGGUAACAAUUCCUCCCAGUCUGGCGAAACAUCCUCAACCCGUGGUGCAUAUGACCAACGCAGGAAUCGUCGGUCUCGGCCUCGUCGUGAUGGACAAAGAGGUGGUUACAGCGGUGAAGGAGGCUCCCGAGGGGGUUACUAUAAUGAGGGAGGCUCCAGAGGGGGCUAUAACGGAGAAGGAGGUCGUCGACCAAAUGAAUAUUACAACAGUAAUAGGGGUCAAAAAGGAGGAGACAACACGGUCACUAUAGGUCGUCAGUUGUAUUCAGGGGGGCGUGGCAGCAGAGGUAGUCCUAGAGGUCGUGGUUCAGGGAGGCCUAGGAGUCCGCGUAAAGAUGGCCCAGCGGGGCCUAGGAACUCCCCUGGGAGUCAAAGAGAUGGCAACCAGAGAAACAGCAGUCAACAAGAAUCUAGUAGUACCAGAUCACCUACGCAAAGCAAACCGGAGUCCUCUGUGGUAUAGUGUGACAGGGAGAGAGUACCUUAGUAUUAAUUCAGACACUGGGAUAAGAUAACCAGUGUUCUGUUAAGUGAAUCACAUGACAUAAAAGAUAAGGUUAUAUACAACUCUUACUGAAAAUUGUUUGUUUCUUUGACUUCAAGAAUGAAUAUGUUUCAUAUAUGUAAAAGGAAAAGCCCAUUUUCAUUUCCUUAAAAAAAAAAAUAUUGGAUGUUUUUAUAAAAUAACUGAACUGAUACUAAUUAUUCCAAAACUUGGAUAUUAAUCACAUGAAUUUUUAAUAAAAUAAUUAAUGUAUUUUUUUCUUUUUUUCGUGAAAACUGAAUGAAUGUUUCUGAAACAUUCCACUAAUUUUUUUAAAAAAUGUUCCAUAGCCCAUUAAUGGAAAGUUUAACUGGAUGAGAUGUGUAUCUAAUUUUGAAUGAAUAUUUUUCAUUAUUUUCAUUUGGGUCGAAGCUUUAUCAGCAUGACCUUUCACGAUUGUCAUUAGAUUCGGAGCAAUUUUGGCCUCACCCUGUCAUUUUUCAUGGUGUGUUCUGUGUAGGGAUUAUAAGUUGAUACAAGUACUUAAUACGGAUGUCGAUUUAUUAUGUGAUUGUUAUAUAUUAUAUAUUUUAUUUCUCGAUAAAAAUAAAAAUAUAUAUUUUUGCUGAAAGUCAUUAAAAGUUUUUUUUGUGAUUUAAGGAGAUGGUAUUAUCUGUUAACUGUUUGAUGAACAUUUUUUGUCAAUUCAUCAUCCAUAUUUUCAUCACUUUAAAUGGAUAAUUUUUGUUUGUUGUUCAUCUUCGUUUAUGUAUUAAUUACUUACUAAGAUUUUGUGCACAAUGAUAUGGUUGCAAUGUAGAAGAGAGUCACAAAUGUUUUAUUUUUUUGUUUGUUUAUUAGUUUGGUUUCUUUGAUGCUAAUUUAGUUGAAUAUACUUUACGAAAAUACUGAACCUGUGGAUGCUAGAAUUUAAAUGAUCACACUAACUGAUAAUCUGACCAAGGCUAAUUAUGGCUUGAUACUUAAGAGUUAUUUGAGUACCACAUUUUCAAAAGAUUAUAUUGCUUAUUUUUCAAAAGAUUUUGCCAUUGUCUUUUAGGAGUCUCUUAGGAAGGACACUUUUUGCUGUCCAUGUAAUGUCUGUCACCUUUUUCUCUGACCCUUGUAGGUGACUGUGACUUAACUUCUGUAUCGUCCAUGGCAGGGUCCAUUACUUUUAUCCAAGGGUAGAUCACCUGUGAUAUAGUCCAUUACUAUUAUCCAGGGGUAACAGGUUGAAAUGUCUGUUGUUAUGAAAAUUGCCAUAGAAUACUCAUAGUUCCAGUGUAAGAAGGCUUAUAUGCAAGGUGACCAAUAGCAAUUGUGAAUUGCCUGCUGUUUCAACAUUUAGAAUAUCUUUGAAAUAUAAUCUGACUUUUAGUUUCUCAAAAAAAUCUGUAAAUGUUGAGGUUUUAUAAUGUUUUGAAGAAUGUUUUUCAAAAUCGAUAUAGUAUCAUUUCAUUUGUUUAUGAGAAAUCAAAGCAGAUAUAUGUAUUUCACCUUUAAAAUCCAUCUCUCUUAAUUCUACAAUAGUAUGUACUAUGAAUGAGAAAAAAAUGUAUCCGGUUAAAUUAAAGUAAUUAUUUGUGUUGAAGACUUCAAAUUACUGUUUUUCGAAGUCUCUAAUAUUGAUGUUUACUUGGAAAAUAAGACAUAAAUAUUACUGUAGUUAUUCUUUAACAAAAUAAUCCAGCCAUAUUAAGCACUUUUCCUUACUAUUAGACCUAGCGUUUGAAAGUACAGUCAAACCGGUCGUAUGUGACUGGACAGGGAGGUAAUAAAAAUGUCGCAUGUGACAGGUGGUCUCUUAAUCCAGGAUCAGAUUACAAAUAUAGUAAAUAGCAUUGGAAGGGAAAAUUAAGGUCACAUAUGAGAGGUAGUCGCUUAAUUCAAGUGGUCACUAAUUAAAAGGCAGGUUUGACAAAGUCUUCUUAUAUAUUUAGAGAGUAGCCUCCCUUGCACCGUUGUUAUGUUUAGUUUCACUUAGUUUAAUUUAUAUACGGGUUAAAUUGUUCUAAGUCUCUCCCAUUGAGUUUUAUUUUAUGAAGUUAGUGCAUCUGCCCUCCAAUUUUCAGUGUUAUAAUGUUAAAGAUGACCUGUUAAAAUUUAGUUUUUAUUUCUUUACCAUGUUCUGAUAAUGCAUUGUUGCAGUAACGUACACUGCAUGGGUGACCUAUUAAAAGUAAAUUUUUAUUUCUUAACCAUGUUCUGAUAAUGCAUUGUUGCAGUAACGUACACUGCAUGGGUGACCUAUUAAAAGUAAAUUUUUAUUUCUUAACCAUGUUCUGAUAAUGCAUUAUUGCAGUUACAUACAGUGCAUAACCUACCUCCUAGUUUUCUAUCUGCAAAACACGGUUAUAUUGGUGCAAUCUGCUGUUCAAAACUUUUGAAAUUAGUUUAUUAUUGUUACGGUCCAUGCAGUUAACUGAAAUUAUACAAACCUACAUAAUCUUAUAUACACAAGAGAGUUGUCAGAAAACAUUGGUUAAAGAAAUGGUUUGUAUCACUACAAGACAAUAACGUUUCUGUCUACUACAAAAUAUGAGUGUGAAGGUGUAUAUUCAAAUAUAAUCAAAUAUUUUAUAGCAAUCUAAUUUUUUAAGAGGAGAAACUUACUUGUAUGAAAAAUGUAAAAUUUUCACCUAUUGCAAGAAAAUUCCAGGAAAAUGAAACCAGACAAACAUUACAUGACAAAAUCACUAAUAUCUUACUUUUAAAAUGUAAAAAAAAAGAAAAAAAUCAGACUGAUGAUAAGGGAAACUUCAGGCUUCAGAUUAACUUGUAAAAAAGGGAGAGCUUUGUGUAUGUAAUGAGAAAAUUCACCACUGUUCAACUUGUAAGAAAAAUUUCAGACAUGUAGCAUGUGAUAUGUGGGGCAGUACAUGGGCACCUGCCAAUUGAACAUGAUAUUAUGAGGAGCCAUGUCCUGUUAUAACAAUCAGUUGUAUAAUUAUGUUUUUUCCUGCUAACUUACCUUAAUUGUGUCCUUGUUUGUUACGUUACGUUUUUGAUUGGCUUAUAAUUAUAAGAGCUACGUAAUGAUUCCUGAAGGAAAUUUUUCGAAGUCAGUGUGAAAUGUUUGUUGUAUACAAGAUAUAGUAAAUUAUAAAUAAAAUUUGAAGUCUUUGUUUGCAUGUUAUGGCGCAAUAACAAAAACAAUCUGAUGUAAAGUAACUGCAAAGUCACCUUACAUUCAUGGUAGAGAGGGCAUUUCUUUAUUUUUUGUGAGAUAGCACUGUAUGGAAUGAACAAUAAUACAAAUCGAUUGUUACAUUAGGAGAUAAUUUGAAAAAUAUGUUUUUAAAAUAUCAAUAUUAACAUGAUUGUUUCAAUUAGUGGAUGAUGUUACAUGGAAAACACUAUAUAUGCACUGUACAUGUAUAUAAGGUGGAAUGGAUUUAAAUUUGCAUCUCUUUUUCAUAAUUAUAUUGUUGUUUUGCAGAUAAUAUAUAUAUACUUACAUAUACAUAUAUACAUACUUUUAAUAUAACUACAUUAUUGAGAAAAACUACAACUACUUAAUACACUCUUCACUGCCAUGAGCAACACAUGUUCUAGUAUUAAAGAAUUUAAAAUUAUAGGAAAGAAGUAUUUUUUUUGUUUUUUUUGUUGUAACUCUUGGAAAAAUCAUUUAUUUAUUACAACAAAGAAAUAAUUUUAUUUUUUCAUUUCACAUGAAUUUUGGAGAAUAGUUUUGUCAAAAUUUGAAGUUUAUUGACAGGCAAGUACUUAAGUUGUAAUUGUUGUAAUGGUGAAACAAAACAAUUCUUGAGGAAAAAGUGAUUGUAAUCCAAAUUUAUCAAUUGAUAGUGCUUUGAGAUACUUUAUACAAUAUUAAUAUUUCUAAAAACUAUUACUAAUUUGUUCAUAUUUUUAAGUUUUUCUGUGAGAGACCUUCAUUACAUUAUUUAUUAACCCUAUAAUCAAAGAUUAUUUCAAGACUCAAUAAAUACGAGAAAACUGUAAGCGUAAGUGAUAAGUUUCCUCAUUGCUGAAUCUUAAUUUUGGGGUGUUUUUUACGUUGGACUUAGCAUUAUCAUUGUUUGAAAUAUUGUAACAUUGUUAAACAACUGCAUUAUAGGAGUUCACAGUUUAUAUAUCUAGGACCUUAUUAUGGUACAAUACCUGACAGUUAUAUUUAAAACCUGACAGUUAUAUUUUACAUCUUAAAUCAGUACAUGUGUCUGAAGUUGGAUAAUUUGCUUUGCUCUUUACUGCGUUAGUUGAGGGUUAAUAUUGAUUUGUACAUUAUAUGUGACUUAAACUGCUGUUUGAUGAAAAACAAAAAAAAUAUUUGACUUAUAGUCUAUAGAUGAUAAAAAAUUUCAUUUGCGUCCUAUUAUGCUAUUUUUCAAAUAUCAAGCUCAGAGAAUCUAGUCAAGGGGUAUGUAAAUUGGUGUUUUUUUUUUAACUUGAAUCCAGUUAGAUAGUGCUAUAUGAACAUACAGCUUUUUUACUAGGGUUCAAAUGAAAUGAAGUUAAAAAGAUGUUGCUGUUUUAAAUGAUAUACUAUAAUAGUGCUUAUAUUAUCUGGUAAUGUUUCAGUUUUAAGACAGUACCAGUGAUUUUUGGGACUUGGGAUAUUUGUGUUCUAGGCUCAUGCUUUUCCUGUAGAAAUCAUUCACGUUUUGGGUUCCCACUGUUAAUAUCUUAGAUUAAUGUAGUAUAUUGUGAUUCAUAAUAGAACUAGAUAUAGUGUUCUAGACUUUCUUAAAAAAAAAAACCUACAAACAUUCGUUUUUGGAAUGUUGUUGAAUUAAUUAAAGCAGAUUUUAAACCAUGCAGGACUGUAUACAGUGAUAUUUUAUAACGAGUUAAAUUGUGGCAUUUUUUUCAUUUCUGGAUUUGAUGUAGAGAUUGAUACCACUGAAGGCUGAUCUUUUUGUCACUUUAAAAAAAAAUUCACUUGCCCAAAGGAAAUAUCUAAAUCAGCUUUGAAAUUCACAUUAAAUUCAUAAAUUGCAGAUUGGGUGAAUGGUACAGGCCCAUUAGGCCUCUUGGUGUAAAUUCAGAAUUAGAAUGUACUACUUACAUUAAUUAUCUACAUGUAUAUAUGUAUGUGUUCCUAAGUAUACAUUUUAAUUUUCAAGUAACUUGACAAUCAUUUUACCAGGAACAGAUUAAGCAUUCACCCUUCGUCCCAUAGAAUGAAGGGAUGAACGACACCUAUUUCACACACAUGAAUAAAUCUGUUUAGCUCCAACAUUGGAAGUUUUAUCUUGGACUUAUUACUGAAAAUUUGUUUUCCUCUUCACACAUAUGUACCGAAAUAUGUUUCAGUUAUUGUUAUUGAAUGCAAACCUCAAUAUUGACAAAUAUUACCAGUGAAAUGGUAGAAAAAAUUGUAUCAAAUAAAUUAUUAGACGGAAUGUUGAAAAUGAUAAGCAGUCCAUUAAAAGUUUGAGCAUUCAAUGAUAAAUUGUCUGAUAGUAAAAAGUUGAUUGGAGGCUUUACAAAAAGGAAGAUAGAAUUUUUGUAAGAAGUAGCUGUGAUAUAGGUAUAGGCAAUGCGUAAAUGUAAGAGUGUGGACACAAAUUAAUCACUGCAUUGGAAGAACACAUUCUCUUCUAUAGAUAUAUCGUAUUCCUCUUGUUUUCACUUGUGUCUAUAACAGAAUUACUUUUUUUUUUAAAUGAUGCUUAGGAUAAAAAUUGUAAUUAAUUGAAAAAUAGAAACUUAGUUUACUUGUAAAGAGACAGGUUGAAGUGUAAAGUAUUUUGAAAUAUACAUUUUGUUGCCAAGCUGAAUAACGGGGAUAUUUGAGCUUAUAUAUAUAAGGGCUGUUCCAUUAAAAGAUCUACAUGACCCCAGGACUCCAGAAUGAAUCGCUUCUGUCCAUAGCUAGUUGGGUUUCCUACCUCUUACUUGUUUUACUUGUAAAAGAAAUUAUCCAAUGAAAUUCUAUAGAUAAAAGAAAUUAUCCAAUGAAAUUCUAUAGAUAAAAGAAAUUAUCCAAUGAAAUUCUAUAGAAAAAAAAGAAAUUAUUCAAUGAAAUUCUAUAGAUAAAAGAAAUUAUCCAAUGAAAUUCUAUAGAUAAAAGAAAUUAUCCAAUUAAAUUCUAUAGAUAAAAGAAAUUAUCCAAUGAAAUUCUAUAGUAGGUACCCCUAGCAACAACAAGAGUCCUAGGAUGGAGUAGAUAUUUUACUUGAAUAACCCUAAAUAUUUCAACAACAGUUUAUUGUGAAUAAAAUGGUAGUAAGCCAUUGUCUAUUAAUAAGCACAUUGAGUUGUAUUAAGUCUUUAGUUUAUAUUGUGUGACGUUUUCUAUAAGAUAAGUAUGUUUAGGAUAUAGUUCAUAUUUACUAUUAAUGUAUAUGGAUACGCGUGUUUAUUGAAUGGUAAGAAUGAACGCUUGUUUAACCACAAAUCUAGUCGACUGAAUUUUUAAUAAGUUGUUCCACAAAUCAAUUGUUACUGAUUGUAUUAUGAUGAAGAUAUUAUUGCAUGUAAAUAUUUCUAUAUAUAUUACCGACCACUUUUCCUCCGCCAAUGAUACCCCUAGUCCUCAAAUAUGUUUAAAAUACGUUAUAUUGCUCAGUAUAUAUGUAGCACAACUUGUUAAUACCAAUAAGAAACUACAUCAGAACAAUGUUUGGCAAAUGAGAAAAAAAUUAAUAAGAUUGACAACAGUUUGAAGCGUUAGAACCAGAAGGAUAUCAUUUGUCCAAAGAGAUUGUUUGAUUAUGAAGUUGUUAUGUGGGAAAAAUCCCUUGCAUCCUGGUAGAGGUUUCAGAUUCCUACUUUGUAGUGUCUUUCCCCUGUAACUUAAGUUUCCUGAUGUAAAUUAUAUAUUUUAUCUAGUUUCUUCUAAGUGAAAUAUUCGUUGAUAUAUACAGUCAAACCUGUAUUAAGCGGCCACCCAAAGGACCGACAGAUAUUGGCUGUUUAAGACAGGUGGCUGCGUAAACCAGGUUGGCCAGAAACGGCCUGUUACCCAAUUCUCUUUUCAACAGUUUCUUGAAUUUAUCAUAUUAUAAUGCACUUAUUGAUAUUGAUAACAAUAUACCAUGUACAGUGUAUUUUAAAAUGAAAACUAAAGAUAAAAGUUUUGAUGAAUUUGAUAAAAAUAACUGGUCAUGUGAUUAUCAUGGAUGUCAACUUCUGGACAAAAUGGCUGCUUAAUACAGGGCGUUGCAACGACUCGGGCCAGAUUUCUGUGGCCGUUGGCCCCGUAAGACAGGUGGCCGCUUAUUUAAGGUUCAUUAUAUAGUGUUUUCCAUCGGGCGGACCACAGCCUGGCCGCUUAAUAGAGGUGGCCGCUUAUUCAAGGUGGCCGUUAGAGCAGGUUUGACUGUAUAUAGUUUUGAAAGCAAAUUUUGAGAAAAAAAAAAAAAAAAAAAAA